GCGUCACCUCCGGGCCCGCCGGUUCCGGGUCCGGGACUUCCGCUACCGCCGGUUCCGGUCCGCUCACUUCCGGCCCGGCGGCCCGCGUGCGCGGCGCGGGAGAUGCGGCCGCUCACGGAGGCGGAGACGCGGGCGGUGUUCGAGAAGCUCGGGAAAUACAUCGGGGAGAACAUCCAGCUGCUGGUGGACCGGCCCGAUGGCACCUACUGCUUCCGGCUGCACCGGGACCGCGUGUACUACCUGAGCGAGAACCUGCUGAAGCUGGCGGCCAGCGUGCCCCGCGACAGCCUGGUGGCCCCGGGCACCUGCUUCGGCAAGUUCACCAAGUCCCAGAAGUUCCGGCUCAGCGUCACGGCCCUGGAUUUCCUGGCGCCCUACGCCAAGUACAAGGUGUGGGUGAAGCCGGGCUCGGAGCAGUCCUUCCUCUACGGGAACCACGUGCUGAAGUCGGGGCUGGGCCGCAUCACGGAGAACACGGCGCAGUACCAGGGUGUGGUGGUGUACUCCAUGGCCGACGUCCCGCUGGGCUUCGGGGUGGCUGCCAAGUCCACGCAGGAGUGCCGGAAGGUCGACCCCUUGGCCAUCGUGGUGUUCCACCAGGCUGAUGUCGGGGAGUACGUGCGGAACGAGGACACGCUGACAUAAGGGAGCCUCGGGCGCCCCGGGGACCCCCUGCUCUGUGAGUGUUCCGGGCUGGAAUGGACUUGGUCCUGCACUGGGGGGCAGGAAGCCCACCCAGAGUGGGAGGGAAAUGUGGGGAGCUGCCAGCACAGAGCCCCCAAAGCCCUCAGGGGGCUGCUGCCAGCGCGGGAGGAGGGGCCCUGGCCCCAGCCCUGUCACAUAAAGCCUGAUCCUUUU